AUGACUCUGGUUUCGAACAGGCCCGACGACGAACGGGACGACGAGGCAGGCAAGAGGAGUGAGGAGGGAGGAGGGAGGAAAGGGGGCGAGAGGCAGCAGUUUCAAGUUGUCGUCUCGUCUGCUCGUGCUCCCGACGCCCAUCCACUUCAGCCGACCGGCAACACGACACAGACACUCUGUCACGUCGUGCCGACCUUGUGGCUUGACGACGACGACGACGACGACGACGACGACGACGUUGUCAUGUUCGCGCCGACGUCGACGGGCACAGCGUCGGCGAUGGAGUUUGAGCGGAUUACGACGAGUCGGCCAUUCCUCGGCGUCGACGUGCACCGACCGAGCAACGGAUUGACGCCCGCCUACGCCCUCGGCGGCCAAACGGACCCGAAGCCGCAAGCAAAGCCGCAGCCGAAGACGAGGCAGAAGCCGAAGCCGAAGCCGGAGCCGGAGCCAAAGUGGGACUCGGAGCCGGGACCGGCAGAGGCGCCGACGGCCGACGGCCAGACGCCGAGAAAGACGGACCGCCGCCUCGGCACUCCGUCGCCGUCGCCGUCGCCGUCGUUAUCGCCUCCAGCCUCGACGACGGGAAUCGGGUGUGUUGUCAAGCGGGCGUGGAGCGGCCAGUCGACGAAAGCCAGUCUCGAGCCGAGGGACGUGGCGAAGCGGGCUCGACGAGGCGGAGUCGAGUCGGCGGGUUCGACGCGACGACGCAGUCGACCGACCGGCCGAAGCGAUCGAAGCGGCGGUGGCGGCGAGAGGGAAGUGGUGGUGGUGGUGGAGGAGGAUGAUGAUGAUGAUGAUGAUGAUGAGGAGGAGGAGGAGGAGGAGGAGGAGGAAGACCACGACGAAGAGGAUGACGAAGGCGACGAAGCGGAUGAGGAGGAGGAUAACGAAAACGACGACGACGACGACGACGACGAAGAAGAUGACGACGACGAAGAGGAUGAGGAUGAGGAAGAGGAAGAGGAAGAGGAAGAAGAGGAGGAAGAAGGGGAUGAGGAAAGGGAGGGGGGCGCCAAAAGAGGGGCGGUGGAGAACGGCCGACGAGUGCGUGCCGCCGGACCGGCGAGGGCUGACGAGUCUGCGCCGGCCUCGCGAGAAGUCGCCGAGGCGGAAAGUGGCGCCGAGGCGGCGUGUCGAGGGGACGGCGGGAAACUGGCCAAUCCGCGCGCUCGAGGCCAGGCACAGCCGAGGCCGGGUCCGGGUCCGGGUCCGGGUCCGGGUGCGGAGACGCCGGCGUCCGGAGGCGGCCAGCCGUACACAGUCUCGAGUAAGCCAUGCGUGUCGCUUUUUGUGGCACGAAAUCACAUCCAACUCUCAUCAUUUCACAUGUCAAUGUUGUAUUCCUGA